CUCCUCCCCUUUUCCAGACAUGUUCACCAUCGUCCUCAUCCAUUCCGUUGAUCAUUAUCAUCACCAUGGGUGUUCCAGACAUUGACAAUCAGGCAGACGCCAUCACCACGGUCAAGCCCGUGGUUGCUGUCGGCGAUGGCAAAACCGCCAAAGCCGAGGGCUCCAAGGCCAAGGUCGUGCACAACGCCGAGUUCUUCGCCGCCGUGCAGGAAGCCAACAUCCCCCGUUGGAGCAAGGAGUCCAUCAAGCUCUACUUUGCCAUCUUUGUCGCAUUCUGCUGCGCUUGCGCCAAUGGCUAUGACGGCUCGCUCAUGACCUCGAUUCUCGACAUGGACCACUUCCAGAGUGUCUUUGACACUGGCAAGACAGGUGUCAAAGUCUCGCUCAUCUUUUCCAUGUACACCGUUGGUAGCAUCGUCGGUGCUCCGUUCGCUGCUGUUCUCACCGACAAGUAUGGAAGAAGGAAGGGAAUGUUCUGCGGCGGAGUUGUUAUCAUUCUCGGAAUGAUUAUCAUUUCCACUUCUCGCACUGUUGCUCAGUUUGUGAUAGGCAGGUUUGUCCUGGGAUUCGGCAGUAGGUUCAUCUAUACCCCUAUGCUGCCGCCAAACGCUAACAUAUACUCAGUUUCUAUCAUGACCAUCGCCGCACCCGCGUACGCCGUCGAGAUUGCCCCACCACACUGGCGUGGACGUGCAACGGGCUUGUACAACUGUGGCUGGUUUGGUGGUAGUAUUCCCGCCGCGGCCGUGACCUUUGGCACCAACUCCAUCAACUCUGAUCUCUCAUGGCAGCUGCCAUUGAUCUUUCAAGCAUUUGCGUGCUUGAUUGUCAUGGUCGGAGUCUUCUUUAUCCCUGAGUCCCCCAGAUGGCUCAUGACCCAAGGCCGAGAGAGUGAAGCGAUUGACUUCCUCGUCAAGUACCAUGGCAACAACAACCGCGAGUCUCGCAUUGUGCUGCUCGAAGUCGAGGAGAUGAGAGAGGGUAUCAGACAGGAUGGUAUCGACAAGGUCUGGUGGGACUACCGUCCUCUGUUUUUUACUCACUCUGGCCGCUGGCGUAUGGCCCAAGUCCUCAUGAUCAGCAUUUUCGGCCAGUUCUCGGGCAAUGGACUGGGAUACUUCAACACCGUCAUCUUCGAGAACAUCGGAGUCAACACUGUAUCGCAGCGUCUGGGUUACAACUUGCUCAACUCGGUCCUGUCGGCCAUCGGUGCCCUGACAGCCGUGUGCUUUACCGACCGCAUGCCCAGGAGGACCGUCCUGAUCUACGGAACCAUGGCUUGCUCCUUUGCCCUGGCCGUCAAUUCGGGCCUUUCCGCUGCCCUCGACAACCAGGGGGAAAACGUUAUUCUGUCCUAUGCCCAGGGUGCUCUUGCCUCAUAUUUCCUGUUCAACAUCAUCUUCAGCUUUACCUACACGCCUCUCCAGGGUGCUAUUCCCACGGAAGCUCUCGAGACGACCAUUCGCGCCAAGGGUCUGGCUAUGUCCGGUAUCAUCGUGUCAACCAUCGGUUUUAUCAACCAAUUUUGCACACCUAUUGCCUUGGGGAACAUCCAAUACAGAUACAUCUUCAUCUUUGUCGGAUGGGAUCUUUUUGAGGCCCUCAUGUGGUACUUGUUUGGAGUCGAGUCCCAAGGCCGUACCCUGGAGCAGCUCGAAUGGGUUUACAACCAGCCCAAUCCAGUCAAGGCAUCACUCAAGGUGGACAAGGUCGUGGUGCAGUCAGAUGGAAAAGUCACCGAGAAGAUUGCAGAUACAGACAGCGCUUGAGAGUAAGGAGGUCGUUUGUUGUCACCACUCUCCACUUUAUAUCCCAUAUUCCCCCGGCAUCCUCUUCAGCUGUCGUUUUGCUCUAUCGCUUCUAUACCCGCGGCUUAAUAAACUUUGUGACGCGGUAUUCUAGGUGGCGAUGGUGAUUGUUUAGUUGUAGGCAAGUGCUCGUAUGUGAAGUUGUGAUUACGCCAAUACUAACAAUGGGAAGGCGACGAGUUUGGCAGGUAUUCAACGAAAAAGACUGAUAGGAGCCGGAUAAGCAAGCCAAUACCUUCUGCGUAUUCCAACACUCUAUUUUCUGCCCUAUGAAGAGGUAGAUUGGUGUCAAUUCUUUUUUCCGUGUCGCAACGUUGCGUGGCCCUUGUAUGCCCG